GCCCAGAGGGAAGGUGAGAGGGAGCGAAGGUGGAGGGGGGGUGGCACAGGGCCAUCGAAGCGUAGCUCCUCCAGCCUGGUGAACGGUGCACCCGACUGCAGCUGGCCCUGGAGGCAGCCUCCCUCCCUUGAACUUGGAGCCCCAGCUUGCAGCGGUCCUGGAGCGUCGUCCUUCUCUGUGUGAGCGUGUGCGGGUGUCUGCAGGGGUUCGCCGGCCCCCUUUACACUGGGGCCGGGCCAGGCAGCCAUGGCCGACGAGAAGACCUUCCGCAUCGGCUUCAUUGUGCUGGGGCUCUUCCUGCUGGCCCUUGGCACGUUCCUCAUGAGCCACGACCGGCCCCAGGUCUACGGCACCUUCUACGCCAUGGGCUGCAUCAUGGUGAUCGGGGGCGUCAUCUGGAGCAUGUGCCAAUGCUACCCCAAGAUCACCUUCAUACCCGCUGACUCUGACUUCCAAGGCAUCCUGUCCCCAAAGGCGCUGGGCCUGCUGGAGAAUGGGCUCGCUGCUGAGAUGAAGAGCCCCCAGCCCCCAUACGUCAGGCUGUGGGAGGAAGCCGCCUAUGACCAGAGCCUGCCCGACUUCAGUCACAUACAGAUGAAGGUCAUGGGCUACCAUGAGGACCCUCGCCCUCUGUUGGCCCCCCAGCCAGGAGCCAGCGAUGGAGGACAAGUUGGCCCCCGUGAUGCUCAGGGCUGGAUGGAGGCUGCGGUGGUCAUCCACAGAGGCUCGGAUGAGGACGAGGGAGGAAGCAACCCAACUCGGAGCAGGCCUGGCCUCCAGGCCUGUCCCCAGGGCCCUGCACCCUUGGCUUCUUUCCAAGAUGAGCUGGAUGUGGACUCCAGUGAGGGCGGCAGCCCCAACACCUCUCCCCCAGAGGGGGAGGAGCCUCAUCGCCCAGCUCGGGAGCCCUGGGCCUGCAAGUGCCAGCUGGACCGCUUCCACGACUUUGCCCUGAUCGACGCCCCCAUGACAGAGGAUGCGCCCCCAGAGAGCCAACAGUGGGCUGCUGCCCUAUCCAGCUGUCAGCAGCCAUCCCAGAGGACAAAGGAGGAGGAAGAGAAGACUUCAGACACAGGCGCAGAGGAGCCAGAGCAGGAAGAAGAAGACUUGUACUAUGGGUUGCCAGACAGUCCUGGGGACCCCCUCCCAGACCAGGAAGUGGGCUUUGAGCCUGAUGCCCAGGCCUGAGAUGGAUCUGCUCCCUGGGUUCUAGCCCCGCACUGCUGCUAACCCCCAUGUGACCUCACAGGACCUCACUGUCCCUGUCUGCAAAAUGGGGUUAUGUGGAGGUUCAUGUGAGACAGCGGGCCGGAGAGCACUUGGAGGGUUCAAAGCGGAGCUCAGGGAGGGGAUGCUUGCUGUCCGGGACACAUUGCUUUCACUGUUCACUUUCUUUGGUAAAGCGUUGAAGGUAAAAUACGGUUCCCUGAGAA